AUGAACGGAUCUUCAUCCCGGCUGCGCUCUGUUCCAGGCGCCAUCCUUUGGAGGGUCGAGCUCGACAUCACCGCGGACAGGCGAGUCGCCGAGCGGUGUUUCGAGAUAGCCAAGGCAGUUCACGAGGAUCCUGGCAACACGGCUGCCGCCAUGAGGGCAGUGUUCGCACAGGAGGGUUUGGAUAUGGUAGAGGCUUCGUUGUCCGUCGCGGAGCCAGACAUGAACACCGCGACGUCCACCGCGACGACAGCGAGCUCCACCGCAGCAGCCACAACAGCCGCUCCAGCACGAGCUGGACCGCGGAGGCGAUGA